CAAUCGUUUUGUGGAUGCAAAAUCAAAUUUUGAUAUUGAAAAACAACUUAAAAUCAUCAACAAACAUGAUGUUGAAAUGGUCAAGACAGUACACGGAGAUACAUAUGGUUGUGUGGAUUUUUACAAACAACCGUCCUUUGACAAUAUGUUGAUGAAAAACAAGAUGUUUCAGACAUUGUCUCAACAAUCAAAAGUAACUAAUGACACUUUGGGAGUUUUAUGGGAAAAUGGUAUUGGGUGUCCUGUUGGUACCGUUCCCAUAAGAAGAGUUACCAAAAAGGAACUUUUGAGAUUAAAUUUGUUCUCCACAAAAUAUAAACCUCAAGGUUCAUGGAACUUUCAUUAUAAUCUUGAUAAUGGUCAACAACAUCAUUUUGCGGUUUCCCGUACUAAAGGAGGAAAAAACAAAAACUACAAUGGAGCAACCAUGAAAAUUUCUCUAAAUGAUCCUAAAGUUAAACUUCCACAAUUUAGUUCUGCUCGAAUGCAUCUUCAGAUUGGAGAUGAUUUUAUUCAAGCUGGCUGGAUUGUCAAUCCAAAAUUAUAUGGUGACAACAAAACUCGGUGUUUUGUGUAUACAAAAACAAGUAAAAACCAAUGUUAUAACAGCAUGUGUCAAGCUGGGAUCAUAUCUGUCCGAUCUGAUUUACCUCUUGGUUCUGUUCUAGAACCUGUCUGUGUUCGGGGUUCUAAUCCCAGUGUUUCAGCUGCAGUUAGCUUAUACAAGGAUAAGGUAAAUGGUAAUUGGUGGCUUGAUUUUGGAGACAAAACACUUGGGUUUUGGCCAGCAAGUAGAUUUAAACAAAACUAUGCAAACAAUAUUGAGUGGGGAGGAGAAGUAUAUAGUGCAUUUAUGCCAAGUCCUCAGAUGGGAAACGGCCCGGAUCCCAAAUCCGCCUCCCCCAUUGUUGUCUUCUCCGAUCUGCAUAUAUAUUUUUUUUCUUCUUCAGCAGCAAAAUUGACGCGAAGUUAACUGAAACACACACACAUAUUAGAGAAAUUGUUUAAAUUAAUUUGAUGGGUAAUAUUACGUACAUUAUGUAGGGAAACAAUUGAAAAUGGAAUAUGUAGUUAACUUUGUAUUGUUGUAUAUGUUACUGAUGUUACUGUUUGUGUUGUUCAAAACUUGUAUUUAACAUUGCUGCUUUCAUAUUAAAAUCUGAAAUUGAAUAUUGACAA